CUGAAGUGCAGUUGGUGAAGUUUGACCUGAAGGUGAGCAGCCUUUUCAGCAGAGCUCAAACCGGGCACUCUGUACUGCACUUCAUUCUAAUGCGGGCUUAAAAGAAUGAAAUCUCUGUGGAUCCUGCUCUCCCUCGGCUUGCUGCUCCCUGCGCCUUUGGCUCAGGGUAUUUCGAAGCCUAAUUUCGUGCUGAUAAUGGUGGAUGAUUUGGGAAUAGGAGACCUUGGAUGCUAUGGAAACACAACUCUGAAGACGCCUCACAUUGACAUGCUGGCACGGGAUGGGGUGAAGCUGACCCAGCACCUCGCUGCCUCCCCCCUCUGCACUCCCAGCAGGGCAGCCUUCCUCACGGGCAGAUACCCCAUACGGUCAGGAAUGGCCGCUCGUGGCCGUGUUGGGGUAUAUAUCAUCUCUGCAGCUUCUGGUGGACUUCCUCAAGAGGAACUCACUUUCGCCAGGAUCCUCAAAGAGCAGGGCUACGUGACUGCUCUAAUUGGCAAGUGGCACUUGGGCCUGAACUGUGAACAUAGCAGUGACCACUGCCACCACCCAAAAGCACAUGGCUUCGACCACUUUUAUGGAAUCACCUUGACCAACCUACGGGACUGCCAGCCAGGCCACGGCUCCAUUUUCUAUAACAUCCAUGCCCACAUCCCUUACGGCACACUGGGUGCUGCUUUGGCCACCCUCUUCUUCCUCCAUGCUACUGGAAUUAUAGCCAUAUCCCGAAGGCUAACGCUGGGCCUGGUGGCAUUAUUGAUCAUGGCAUUGGCUCUGUUUGGCUUGUUCAUCCUCACCUUCCCCAACUUUAACUGCUUCCUGAUGAGAGGGGAGGAGGUUGUGGAGCAGCCAUAUGUGUCAGAAAAUCUAACGCAGAGGAUGACCAGUGAAGCGGUCGAGUUUCUGGAGAGGAACUCAGACAGACCCUUCUUGCUCUUCUUCUCUUUCCUCCAAGUCCACACGGCUCUCUUCGCCUCUCCACGCUUUCGUGGCAAGAGCCUCAGCGGUCUCUAUGGCGACGCAGUCAUGGAAGUGGACUGGAGUGUAGGUCAAAUAAUGAAGACAUUGGAGCAGCUGAAACUGAAGGAGAAGACGCUGGUUUACCUGACCUCAGACCAGGGUCCACACUUAGAGGAGAUAUCAAUCCAUGGGGAGGUGCACAGAGGCCACAGUGGCAUCUAUAAGGCAGGGAAGUCAACCAAUUGGGAGGGAGGCAUUCGAGUCCCGGGCAUCCUCCACUGGCCUGGUCAACUACCAGCAGGAAAGGUUAUUGAUGAGCCCACCAGUAACAUGGACGUCUUCCCUGGUGUGGUGAAUUUAGCAGGAGCUAGUAUUCCCAAUGACAGGCAGAUCGAUGGCCAAGACCUCAUGCCUUUGCUGCAGGGUCGAGUGGAGCGUUCUGAACACGAGUUCCUCUUCCAUUACUGCAAUGGCCAUCUGAAUGCUGUGAGAUGGCACCCUGCUAAUAGUACCUCUGUAUGGAAAGCCUUUUUCUUCACUCCAGACUUUUACCCCGAGAAUGCAACAGCCUGCUUUCACACGCACGCCUGCUUCUGCACUGAAGGCUACGUCACCCGUCACGACCCUCCGCUGCUUUACGAUCUCUCCAGGGACCCGUCUGAAAGCACACCACUGACCCCAACAACUGAGCCUAACUUCACCUCCGUUGUGGAGGUAAUGGUGGAGGCAGCGAGGGUCCACAGCCAGGGCGUAAAGCCUAUGGUGGAUCAACUCUCGGCUGGCCAUUUGCUGUGGAAGCCCUGGCUCCAGCCAUGCUGCUCCUCUCUCAGCCAGCUGUGCAGGUGUGAACGAGACCACCAGAAAGGGUCUCUGGACACCGAGGUGGAAAUACAUAGCAACUAAAAGGAAGGUUUGUGAAGAUGUCUAAUUUCUUCAGUUGCACCAGCAUCAGGGGGACCUUAUAAAAGCCAAAAGCUUAUAAAAGCUCAUGUCAACAGGGACAGUUUAUGUGCUGAAGUUUAUAGAAAGUAAUUUAAGGUAAUCAGAAAGUUAUUUGCUUAAACAUAUAGUAAAAUCCUGUACAGAGCAACAAAACAUUUAAUCACACUGCACUGAAUGAACUGAAUGUUUUUAAAUAAGAAACCUCUGAACGGUGGUCUUCGGUAUGUUCCAUGCUUUGACAAGCAACUGCUUAGUGCUUAGGAAAUAAUGGCUUUAAAUGGCGUCACAGUUUUUCUAUGUUCAGGAUGGUGCUUCUUGUCAAAUGAAUAAUGAAAUAUAGUUUUGUAUUAAAAACAGUGUUUAUUGUUUUUCUUUGACCAACCAAGACUUUUAAAAGGCCCAAAUCAUGAAAAACAAAAUUAGCAUUUUUUGUUAUAGGUAAACACUGUUAAAGUUUCAAAACACCAUUCACUUCCCAGUCCACAUAUGAAGAUUAAGCUUCCAAAAACAGCAUGGUGUACUUAAUUUAUUUCAUCAGAUCGAUGGGCAAGAAAUAAAACAGAAGAUGGUUUACUGGAUGGCUGAAUAGGAGAUCCUUAAUGAAUGACUUUAUGUAACAUUGGUAGUUUACCUUUUCGUCAGUUUCCUGUGCCAUUGCAAAAAAAACAAAAACAAAUGUGACUUUCUUGAAGAUAGAUAUAGAUAGACAUAGAAAUAAAAGAACAGCAAUGACAGCUGAAAACAUGCUGAAAUGCUGCAAAUUAGUAAAUUACAGGGUGACUUUAUAGCGAGAACAAUAUUAAAUGUAUUUUCUUAACUUAAUUUUAUUUUGUUUUGUACUGAUUCGAUAUUAAAUGUGUCAAAGAAACAUUAGCUGCUUAUUUGCUAAUG